AUGAAAGGACUUCAAAGUAUUUUAUUUGAAUGUGCUCAUCAGAUUGGACCGUUAUUCAGCCCCGACAAGCCAAAGUUGAAAACAGAUGCGAAGGUGGAGCUGAAGCUGUGCCAUCUAGAACAACCUCUAACUAUCUGUUUUAGCAAUGAUACGUGUGAGUUUUCAAAAAAUAAAGAGUUGUUGGCAUAUGAUUCCCUGAAAGUCGAAGAAUUCCUUAGGCGUUUGUCGUCAAAUGCAGCAGCUGACUUUUUUAUUCUUUCACAAUCACUCAUUGCUAGUUUGGAGCUGCAAGUUGGUGAUUUAAUUGCCUUUGAUAGGCUGACGUACACCCUACUUCUCUCUGAAGCACUGAACCAGAUCGAACAAACGCGUUUGACAAACUCUUGUGUAGACGAAAUUAAGCCUGUUUUGAUCAAUGUUGCUUCCUUCGAAAAUGACUUCCUCCUUGUGCUCACUCGAAUAUUGAAAGCUUUUGCUGUCGGAACUGGAGUAGUUGUGCAUUGUGCUUCUCUUCGAUUAAUUUUGCCUUUGUAUGUGUUUGCAAAACUGGCUAUUGUGGCCGGUGCCCCACCCUAUUUGGUUAAUUUUGUACCUAUUCAUAAGACCGAAAGACAUGAUUUCAUGUUCUCUUCCAUUCAAAUGAUAAUGCGACCUGCUGAUUUGGAUAGCGCUGCAAGGGCUAUCGUUAAAGCUUCGUCUUAUCAUGCUGGAAUGACGUCGUGGCGUCCUUCCGUCGUUUUGGUUGAGCAAGACUAUGAAAAAGCGUUUUACAAGAAAGUUAAAAACCUAUUAUCAGGAGCACCUGGUGAUUGCAGCACUUUGAACGAAAAUUCACAUCUCUCGUAUAGUUGUGCUAUUCCGUCAUACUUAAAGGCCGAGUUUGAAGACCACGUCAAGCUAGCAUGCAAUGACGGAGGCGAAGUCGUUCGUCCCAGUGAUGACGCCGGCCCUGUCUUUAUUUUUGGUCUUACUCCUGCAUCAGCAAUGGUGGAGAAAACAAAAACGUUCCCACUGGGCCCUUCAGUGAUUGUCUUACCAUUCCGUACGGUAAACGAAGGUCUCAAAAUUGCAAAGUACUUCGGCGACCGGGAGAGAAGGAUUUUGGGAGCCGGCGAGUACGUUAGCUCAAUACCCAAAUCGGCUACAAUUUGGACUGAUAACUCCAGCCUUUCUCUGCAGGUUCUUGCCAAAUUGGCCGGUUACACUGCACUCGGUGUGAACUGUGGCGUUCAUCGUCUCGCGUCGUCUUUCCUCCUUGCGGAGUGUUCUUCCAAGUGUCCUACCGUUCGGAUUCCCGGCUUACCGGCUCUUGUGAAGGGCAGCUUUACUUGUUGUAAUUCUAACCUGUCUGGUGAUCUCUUGAAGACUAUAAAUUCCACUGAUGCUCUUCUCCAAACAUGGAAGAAACUCCCCUUUGAGAAACGACUCUCUGCAUUUACCUCCUCGAAAGAUCUGGCCUCUAUUUUGCCGAAAUUGAAACUCCUGCGUGACGACUCCGCUGCUCUUCUGAGUCCAGCCUCAUCACAUGUCACACUUGGCGAUCAACUGAAUUGCGCGUUUUCCAAUAAACUCUUAUGCCUCUUACGCAAGUGGCAGGAGCCACUUGGGUCCGUUAAUGUCGUUCUCAAGUCCGGCGAAUUGCUCCCAAGUCUUCAGGAGUUAGUUAUCUCUUCCAUUGUUCUGGGGAACACUGUAAUUCUUAUCAUGCCGAAAGGAGUCGCUGUUAACUUAGAAGUAAAUCAGUUUUGUGAAUCUGUAAACCAACUUAUCACCCAGUGUUUCCCCACACUCAGUAAACUUGGACCUAUGGUUCAGGUCAAGCAAACAGAAUCUUCUGAGGAGGAAAUCUCGGCUGCUCUUGCUAGUCUUCCUGUCUCCGGUAUUAGCUGUUUGUCUGAUGCAAAUGUCGCCUCAGAUACCGCUGAUGUAAGCGUUGAGCAGCUGUGUAGGUUCACGUCCGUAUUCUGGUCUGUCGGUGGUGAUCUCUUCGCAAAUUAG